AUGAGUGAGGUCCUGGCUUGCAACCCCAGCACAACAGCCCCACCCCACUGCCAGUCCUUCCAGACUGCUCUUCAUUAUGCCUGUGCCUGUGGCCAUCCAGAAGUGGUGAUACUCCUGAUAUAGAAGAAAUGCUGCAUUAACUUCUGUGACAGUAACAGCAGCAUAGUUCUGGUUAAGAUUAAAUGUGAAUUCCUGGAGUUGAUAUGCCCUUUCUUGGUGCAGUCCUGUCACACUGCACAAUUCCAGGAGGAAGAAUGUGAUAUGAUUUUGCUGAAAUCUGGAGCAGAUCCAAAUGUUGUGGAUGCCAGGGGCAGCACUGCUCUGCACUUCGCUGUUGACCAUGAGAACACAGGCACAGCAUCAGACCUGCUGAUGGACAUAGCAAUCAUUGAAGCAAAAAACAAGGUAUAUUUAGAUCGACUUUAUUUACAAUUAUUUGACAUCUCUUUUUUUAACAGUGAUACAUUCAGAAGAAUUUCAACAUUCAUCCUUUUAAAGAAAUCCUGGAAAUUACAGGUUUCUUUAAGGUCAUUUAAGUAUAUAUUAGUACACUACAUUAAAGCCAAGCUUAAGAAGUUUGAACAGGGCCCUGCUACUUCUCAGACUGAAAUCCUCGUGGUUGCUUUCAAGGUUUUCCAUGUUAAGAAACCUAACAGGUUCUACAGACUGGUUCAAGACCUUCGCCUUGUCAGCUCCUCUGUGGUCCCUAUCCACCCACUAGUGCCCAACCCCUACACCCUCCUCUCUCAGAUCCUUGCUACUACUACCCACUCCUAA